AUGAAUCCUCUCGGAUCCCCUGGGCCUGAUGGCUUCCCUACCUUGUUUUUUCAAAAAUAUUGGGACAUAGUGGGCAAUUGUGUCUCCAAGGCCUCCCUUGAGGUCCUAAAUGGGGGUAAAUGGGACAAUACUCUAAAUGAAACACUUAUAGCUCUCAUUCCAAAGAAGCUGAACCCAAGCAUUGUCACAGAUUUCAGACCAAUAAGUUUAUGCAAUGUUCUUUAUAAGAUCAUUGCAAAAACAUUGGCAAACAGGCUAAACAAAAUCCUACCUAGCAUCAUAUCCCCUACUCAGACAGCAUUUGUACUAGGAAGGCUUAUAACAGAUAAUAUCAUUGUAGCCUUUGAGUCUUUACACACUAUGAAAGCUAGACUGAAAGAAAGGGAGGGAUAUAUGACCUUAAAACUUGACAUGAGCAAAGCCUAUGACAGGAUUGAAUGGGACUUCCUGAAAUCUGUCAUGAAGAAAAUGGGCUUUCUAGCAACCUGUAUAGAGCUUGUAAUUAAGGCCAACUCAAUCGAAUGGAGCCAACUUUACUCCCUGCUAGAAUGCUAUGAGAGAGCCUUUGGACAAAGACUCAACAACGACAAGACUUCCAUCUUCUUCAGCUCAAACACCAGAGAACAGACCAAGGACAUUGUAACAAACAUUGCUGGAAUUCGUGGAACUAACUCUUAUGAGAAAUACCUGGGCUUGCCAGCCCUUGUAGGAAGGUCAAGGUCCCAGUCUUUCCAAGGUAUCUUGGACAAAGUCCAAGCAAAACUAAACAGCUGGAAAACAAAGCUCCUCUCUCAAGCAGGCAAGGAAACGCCAUUCCAACCUACAGCAUGGGAAUUUUCAAGCUGCCUAGAUAACUACUUAAUGAACUUAACAAACAAAAGUGCUCCUUCCUUAAAUGCUCACCUCAACUGGGAAGCUCCCCCACAAGGGAAACUGAAAGUAAACUGGGAUGCGGGUUUGGAUAAAACUAACUGCAAGGUUGGAGUUAGGGCUGUGGUACGUGACUGGGAAGGGAAGAUACUAGCCACCCUGAGAAUGAACCAUCCUCUCUUCCUUGACCCCCUUCCAGCUAAAGCUUAUGCUGCUUUCCAAGCUUCUCUGUUCCUUAAAUCACUAGGAUGGCAGGAUGUGAUCAUGGAGGGUGAUUCCUUACAAGUAGUCAAUUGCCUAAAGUCCCUAACUGAUAUAGAUUCUUAUGCAGGCUUAUUGAUCAAAGCUACAAAAAAGUAA